AUAACUACCCUGGAAUAUCUAAGGAACAAGUUGAAGCCAGCUCUGAACCACCUACUUUUAGUAAUGGCUGGAGGAUGGGAGAUGUAACAGAGUGGAACAAAUUCACUAUUCCUUCUGUUUUUUGACAAAGCUUAGAAGUCAUACUGCUUAACAGCUUAACACCACAUAGUAGAAAACUGAGUCAAUGAGAGACAGGUGAGAGCUACUGAUCUGCAGAACUGUGAGGAAGAGAAGACAGUCCUGCUCCUGCUGAAAGGUCCAAGAGGCAUAAGAAAAACAAGGAUGUUGUCAAUAAGGAAGGCAUGCCCCAAACGCUGACUUCUACCAGUAUGUUUACCCCAUGUAGCUUCAGCCCUCAUCUACAUACUGCAAAAGAAGAUGAACAAGGAGGACUGAUCUUCCAGGAUGGAAACCUUACCUCAGCAUCUCUGGAUGCUCUAAUCCAGCAUCUCAUACCUACCACUGAUUACUACCCUGAAAAAGCCUACAUCUUUACAUUCCUGCUGAGUUCCAGACUCUUCAUCGAACCCCAUGAGCUUUUGUCCCGAGUUUGUCACAAGUGCAUUGAGCAGCAGCGGCUGGAUGACCCCGUGCUGGACAAGGCACGAAUCAGAAAAUUCGGACCCAAAAUCUUACAGUUGCUGACAGAGUGGACAGAAACAUUCCCGUAUGACUUUCAGGAAGAGCGGAUGAUCGGCCAUCUGAAAGACAUGAUUCACAGGAUAGCCCCAUGUGAUGAGGCCUACUGGAAAAAGAUGAAUCAGCUUUUGCAGACCCUGAAUCAGAAGCUUGCAACCCUCAGCCACGGGCAAGAAGGGAUUGUCAAGAUCAGUGCUGCUGUCUCUGAUAAGCUGGUUGCCUUUAAAAGUAAACCACCAUCAAUUCAGAGAGAGAUCCUGAGCGUCUGCAGUGACCCUUACACUCUGGCUCAGCAGCUGACACAUGUGGAGCUGGAAAGGCUAAGUCACAUUGGACCCGAGGAGUUUGUGCAGGCAUUUGUACAUAAAGACCCUCUGGAUGGCACUAAGCCUUGUUUCAGUGAGCAGAAGAAGACCAGUAACCUUGAGGCCUACGUGAAAUGGUUCAACAGACUCUGCUAUCUUGUGGCAACGGAAAUCUGCAUGCCUGCAAAAAAGAAACAGCGAGCACAAGUCAUUGAAUUCUUCAUUGAUGUUGCCCGAGAGUGCUUUAACAUAGGGAAUUUUAAUUCACUGAUGGCAAUCAUUUCUGGAAUGAACAUGAGCCCAGUUUCCAGGUUAAAGAAGACUUGGUCAAAAGUGAAAACAGCCAAAUUCUUCAUUCUUGAGCACCAGAUGGACCCUACUGGUAACUUCUAUAACUACAGAACUGCACUGCGGGGGGCUGCUCACAGAUCCCUCACUGCACACAGCAACAGGGAAAAGAUUGUGAUCCCCUUCUUCAGCCUAUUGAUCAAAGACAUUUAUUUUUUGAAUGAAGGAUGUGCUAAUCGCCUUCCAAAUGGACACGUCAACUUUGAAAAAUUUCUGGAACUGGCUAAGCAAGUAGGAGAAUUUAUAACAUGGAAACAAGUGGAAUGUCCCUUUGAACAAGACGCUAACAUAAUCCACUACCUGCAUACUGCUCCCAUUUUUACUGAAGAUGGUUUGUAUCUGGCUUCCUAUGAAAGUGAAAGUCCAGAAAACCAGACUGAAAAAGACAGAUGGAAAUCCUUAAGAUCCACUAUUUUAGGAAAGACUUGAAGAUUAAGAGAUUAUUGCAGUAGGUCAAAGAAAAGAAAUCCGCAAACAUUUUGCACUACUGAUUCCAAAGAUGCCUGUUUGGGAUGUAGACAAUUUACUUUGUUUGAGUUUUUUUGUUGUUGUUUUGUUUUUGGUUUUGUUUUUUUUUUUGACUGCCUAACAUGCUGGAUGAACUGGAUUCAUCCACUGAAAUCAACAGAACUGUGCACAUGGACGCUUUUCUAACUAUGAGAGAGAUAAAGGAAGGACAGACCAUUUGUGGCUGUGCCCAAACUGCGUCAGGAUCACUGUAACCUUUGCCUCUGAAGGAAAACAGAAGAAAAUCAGGAGCAUGGAGAACCAUGGUACUGCAAAAGAGAAUGGAAAUGUAAAAAUAAAAAUAGACACGCCUAUUUCAGAAGCAGGUGCUUCAGAUAGCAGCUCUUUAAACCCUCUGAGGAUUAUAAAAUUAAACUGACACAGCAGCAAUCUGGUUCAUUGCUGAAUGAAGAAAGAAGAACUUAAUCUUACAUUAGCAGUCCCCCAGCCUUGUUGAACAAAGCACUGACUGCAACAGGUAUAAGCUUCCAGUGGAUGAAAAUGCCAUCACUCGCUCAUACGUACACAUGUAUGUCACAUACAGAUCAAUCACAUCGGCAUGGGAGAGUUGGACACAUCCUAUGAAUUUUUACAGAGAAUGAUCUGAAGUAUGGCUAUUGCUUAGUUACUCUUCCCACCACUGUUGUUUUUCUUACUGUGAAUCUCGGCAGAUCUGCGGAGGGCAUACAGUGUAGACGGUGUUCCUUAAAUACCACCUCUUCCCCAAGCUGAACUGAAGAAGCAAAUUACUCUGGGCUCAACUUACCUCUAUUUAAUGUAUGUAGUGUUCUCCCUAAUUUUGUUCAUGGUGAGAUGCAUCCGUUAGAGGGCUUUAUCACACUUACAAGAAAAGAUACGACAUUAGCAUUUGAAAAAAAUCUAUCAGGUUCCAAUUAAUACAGUACUGUUUGUUUUGCAACAUGAUGCUAAGAGGAUGGGAAGGGGGAAGUAAUUGCUCAGAAGUGGGAACUAUAUGGUAUGCUUUAAAAAGACAAAGGUUUUCAGACUGGAAUGAAUGAACUAAAGUACAAAAUUUGUCAUUCAUUAACAGAUAACCAUUUUUAUCUUACUUGGUUUUUAGGGUCUAAACCAUAUCCACCACAUCCUUACAGAUAAUACAGAGACUGUGGCUUCUCUUCUAACUGGUACAAUGAUCAUGGUGCUCAUAUAUUAUCAAUAAACGAUAAUGAACUGUAUGGAUAUUAGAUUCAAAACUAAGCCCUAACAGUAGACUACUUGUUUGUAUGUGAAGGGACUGUUCCACCUGCCCCAAAACAGACCUCAAAAAGCUUUGAUGAAACCUAAAUGCCAUGUGAUAUUGAACUUUGUUUUAUUACUGAUUUGAUGCUGGCCUUUCAGAUUUUCCAGUCUUUCUCCAUCUACAAUGGCAGAACAUAUCAUUUGCUUUGAAAUCAUUAACUGCUUUAUUUCAAUUUAGAGUGAUUCCAAAAUGACUGUAGGGUUUGGAAAAAUGAGGCUAAUCGUAAAACCUGGCUCUGCAUUUAGCCAGAAAGGUGGAACUGUUCCUGCUCACUGCCAAGCCUCACAAAAGUUACCCAUGCAUGAGUGAAUUGUUGAAAUGUGAGGGGUAUUGGUGAGCUAUUGUUUGAGGGCAACCCAGAAAAUUAAGCUGAUCUGGGGUACGGUGGCCUGAGACAUGUUCUACGUGACAUACUAAAGCUUGGUAGUGUUUACAGUGCUGUUCUUGUGUUGGGUUUUGAUCUGUGAAAACCUGUGCAGUCUGGACCGUGGCAACCUGGAAUCCACUCUUGCAGUUUUGUGAGAUGAGCAGUCAAAGUGAGCAGGACAGUUUCAUCCAGAUUUGUGCACGGAGGGGCUCGAGGCAGAAAUCCAAUUCUCCUUUUCGUUUAUCUAUCAGCACAUGAGUUCAUGUAGGGGCAACGUAUCAGGGGAAAAUGUCAUGUCAAUACUCAAGCUGUGUAUGGAAGAACUAAGCGUAAGAUUAGUACAGCAUCAUUCCAGCCAGGGAGCAAUGCUUCUGGUGACACUGUUGAUAAGCUGUUUGUUAAUUUUUGUACAUGAGCUGAGAGCUAUACAGAGAAAUGUACGCACACAGCCAUUCCUUCAAGCAGAACCAUUUCCAGAGUGAUGCCACUAAAAUCCUGUUUAAUUCCAAACAAAUCCAGAGCAAUAACCACAAAUGUACCUGCAACAAUGCUAAUGCUCAUAAGUGUUUGCUAAAUGGGCUUUUUUUUUUUUUUGUGAUGUCUGAAUCUUUUUAGUAGGCACAGUGUGACUUCAUGAUGGAAUGGGUUUUUUCAGUCAUCUGAAACCCCCCAUAGGUGGAUUGGCCCUUCCUUAAGAAUUGUUUCUUAAAGUGCAAAUGCUCACUCCUUUUCUAAUGAUCCCAUUGAGGCUGGUACAGCUGAGGUAUUAACACCCAGGAGAUUAAUCAAAAUGUGAUUGUUCUUGAUAAUAUUUUACAUUUUGGGGUACCUUCCUGCAAUCAGGCAAUUUUAUAAGAAUGAGUUAAAAUUUGGUCUCAUAAAGUUUAUCGAUGUUGCAAGCUAAACAAAUUCAUAGUCCAAAACUUUCAAACCUCAGUGCUUAAAAUGGAAGCACAGAAGUCAGAUUUAGGGAGGUAUUAAGGGCUUAGUGGGGCUUUCAGAAGCACCAGAUCAUCUUUAAAUCUUUAUGUAGUCACACACUUUUUUUCUUAGAGGUGCUAAACAUCCUCAUCUCUUGGUGAAUACUGAAGCAAUUACUGCUUGAUAGAGGUGCAUGGUACAUUGAUCCAUAGCAUGUGAUCUCCAGAAAUGCUGACUGCACCUUGCAGAUAACUUGGAGGUGAGAGUACACAACAACUUAAAAUGAGACGGCAAUACUUUCAAAAUAGACUUGAGGAAUCGUGGCUUGCCUUCACAUAGCUCUGUGGCCAAAAUCCUAUUGAUUUAAAUUGAUUUUCAAGAGUUAAGUUACAGCUUCGGUUGCAUUCGUGCCUUAUACUUGGCCUGACUCGGGAGUACAGCUCCAGACAGCAGGGUGGUGUGGUCAGAGCUCUGCUUCACCAACAGGCAUUACAAAGCCUGAAUACAACUGGAAAAAAAAAAGGAUGACAAUUUGGGGAAUGGAUUUAUUUCAGAAAAAAAUAUUAGCAUUAUGUGAAAUACAAAAUGAGAAAAAACAGAUCUCAUACUUAUGUAUCCUUGCUAGAAACAUGUGGAGAGCUCUUACCAUGAUUUAAAAAAAGAGUGGUGUCACUUAAUGCCAAACACUAGGCCACCGUAAGGCAUGUAGUCAUUAGACUAACAUCAAGACAAGUUACUGUGGCAUUUCAAAUAAAAAGCAGUUCAAGUGUAGAGAGACUUUUCUCAGCUUGAAGGUUUUUUAUGAUGUGGUCAGUAGCGAUAAGAUAAUCACCCCCUUAAAAUCAAGCCAGUCCCUUACUGAUACCCUCGUUACUUUAUCAUGCUGUGUUGCAAUAGUUUAUGCACCUUUUUUUAAAGCACAUGAGCACUGCAAAUCCAGUUCAGAAUGGAGUUCAGGUUAAUGAAGCUGUAGUUGGAGUUAUCAAAAAGAAAAUGUUUUAGUAGAAAAGAUAGUUAUGCAUAUCAGUCUAAAAAUGUUAUGCAGUUAAUGGUAUCUGGCCUAACAGUGACUGCUUCAGAGAGGGAGACCAAACCCAGCACGGGGAUGUGUCAGAGGAAAAAUUCCCAUUGAUUUUGGUGGGUUUUGGAGCAGUCCUGCAAGUACACUGUUUAAAGUUAUGUAUAGGGAUCAAAUUGCAUUGGCAACUGGUGUAGUGCUCGGCCUUUCAUUUGAGCCAACUGCAAAUCUCAGAUGGGCAGGUGCACUUAACAGGGUGAAAAUCCAGCCUUGGCAAAAGUUUGCUUUGACAUUGUUGUAGUUUCAACAGCAAAUUCAAGGACUGAAUUUGAUCCAGUGAAUUAUCUCAUCAGAGAGCAAAAUUUGGCCUUCUGGCUUUUAAGAAAUCUUUUUUUUUUUUCUUUUAAAGUGGUAGAAAUCAGCACUACUGUCUCAGGAGUGUCUUUGGAAAUUAAAACCCCUUUGAUUGUAAACAUUAUUUCUAUUGUUGUAACUGCAGAAUAGGAUUAGGAAGUGACAAGGAAACAUGGAAAAGCUCCUUUGGCACUACUCAGAGGCUCAACUGUGGGCCAAAGGCUUUUUUUGUUUUGUUUUGUUUUGUUUUUUUUUUAAAAAAAACAUUGUUAAGUGAAAUUACCUCGGUAGUUGGUGCAGGGCAUUACUGAAUUGUGGCAAGGGAGCAGUGCAGAUCCAGCUGGCGUCUGUCUGGCAGCACAUACGGUAACCGGUGGAUGCAGCAGUGAUCAGAUGUUCCUGUACAAAGCUGUCGUGCACAUCCAUAUCUGAGCAUGCACCCUUAGGUUUCUGAUGCUUUUGAAAGGUAAGAAAUUCUUGGAAGUUCACCUGAGGCAAAACAUACUUCCUUCUCCUGUCCAACAGAAUAAUUACAAGAAAAUUCUUUAAACUAAAAGAGGUUCCUCUGGAGGACUUGAAACAAUGGAGAAUCUGUUAUUUAGUUGACAGAAUUUUUAAGAUCUAAGCAGCAUGGUAAAAUAAGUACGUAAGAAUUAUGAGCAAUACCUUGAUGGUUGUUAACUUUUAUAUUUCACAGCAUGGCAGCAGAGUGGAAAAUGACACCUGUGCAUGUGCUAUUCCUCUUAAUAUCAAUGGCAGCUGGGCAGUCCAAAGCAGGAGAGAAUCCAGUGAAAAAAUGAUACACACAGCAAGCUGCUCCCAUAUUUGCGUUUUCACAUUGGGUAUGUUGGAAAGAAAGCACGCUGCCUUGCAGUGGGUCCCUUUCCCUGCAGCCAGUGUUAGCUGCUCUGUAGAGAUCCAGUCACUGAGCUGAUCAGGGAGGCAGCAAGCAAGUCACCCUUUUUAAUGAAACAGAUCUGGAAGCUAAUCUGUUUUGUACUUAUUUAUUUUACAAUUCUUUUUGCAUAUUUUCAGAUAUGCAGAAAUUAUCAAAUACAUUAAGUUAAUGCACAUAGAAGGCAUCACAUUCUGCAUUUUUAUACUAUGCAAGAUGUGUGUUAGAAGUUAAUAGCUUGUAGGGGUGGCAUUUCCUACAUUCUGCACAGGUGCAAGACACUGAAACUCUGGCGAUAACCUGAGUUAGAGAAAAAAGUACGAGUUACUCUUGGCUAGAUCCCCUGCCUUGCACUGUGGCCAGCCUCAGACUGUAACGCUGUAAAUUCAGGGUGGCUUAGAAUGCCACCUCUCCCUCUGAUACCUUUCCUUCCACAGAAGUGGUAUUUUGCUCUAUCAACAGCUUCUGCAAAAUGCCGUACCAAUAUUUUUCUAGUUCUCUGCCAUACAGGGGCUCUGCAGUCAUACGCCAGAGCUGUCACGUUGGGAGUCCUUCUCCCUUCUUCCCUGGCACUAAAAGUGCUAGCCCAGACAAAUACUGCAGUGCAGCAACAUUCCCAGCCCUUCGUGAAUCCAGAAGACUUAGAGUUCAGAGCUCACAAGUCCUGUAAGUUAAAUAUCUGUACAGUAAAUUUCCUUCUAAUAUGUGCACAACCUAUUUAAUGGACUUCUGACCAGUAACUUCCAGCUACCUUUCAGAGAAAAUGCAACUUCCUCAGUGAACUGUAACUGGUCAGUACUCUGUCACUGCUUUCAUCGUUUAAUUGUGCUUCUAGAAUUCCAGGCUUUUGGGGAUAACUGAGCAUAUGACGCUUUCCUGGUGUUUGGCCCAUGAGUCAAAAAGGGAGUUUGAAGAGUUGAGAAAACAGAGACUAGAGUCUAGACACUUGACAUGAUCUGUACUUCCAAAACAGCCCGGGCUGGGUUAUCACUUACAGUAUGUCCUCACCUUGAACUGGAAGGAAUAGUUCCAGCAGAAUCCUCCUAACUCUUCCUGAGCGAUACAAGCACACAGCUAUUAAAUUUUAAGUGUUUCAAGAUACGAGUCUUACAAACGUGUAAGUACUUCCCUUAGGAGUCAGUCUGUAAAAAGAAAUAAAACUGCUAGUAUGCCAUGCAGGUGGGAAAUAAAUUAGCUGCUGGGUUCCCGAACUGGUGACUCUAAGCAAGUAUUCAUUGGUAUAGAAAGGUGAGAAAUCAGAUUUUAGUAUUUUUUUUCGCUUUUACCAAGUUCUGUGAAAUGUGACAGUACCAGUUAUCUUAAACCUAUAACCCAGGAACACGCUAUUCCAAAACAUUUAUUCACAGACCUAAACACACAGGGUAAAAAUGAGUAAGCAGAAUUGUCCUGAUAUUCAGAAUGAGGAAUUCAAAGAUGGAGCGAUGUGUCCGCAGUCACCUGGGAAGCGUGUGCAUUCCAAAAUUACCCCAUAUUGACACCCAAAUUCUAGUCUUACAUUUCAUCUGUUAUAACUCCGUUUUACAAUUGUGCUUAGAAAAAUGGACAAUAAAUUAUUUUAUUUUUAAUUGAGAAUAAGCUAGGAAAUAAAAGAAAUAUGGAUUAAAAGACUGGUAGAUAAUGAUUGUGGGAGCAAUAGUAGUGAGGGGCUCCGCUUUUCCUGUACCUUUUCCUUUAAAUUAAGCUAUUUCAUGUUAUGAUCAGCAUUUUUGGGUCAAAUCGAAAUCCCCCUACCCUCCAUAAUACUAAACCCAUGUAGAUUUGUUAGAAGUCCUCAAAACAAAUAUCACCACUUUAUUAAUUGCGCAGGCAGAAAACAGUAAAAGUUACUGGAAAGUGGCUGUUAUAAUUUCGUGACUGUACAUAGAUCUUGCAAAAUGUUAAUGGUAAUAUGCAUACUGUACCCCACAUGAACACCGCCAGGAUAGCAUGGUCAUUGUUACGCUUUAUAGCUGUUGUGGAAAAUGUCUUAACCCGCGUUCAUGAUUAUAGUGCCCAUCCUACUUCCAUGCCUUUUUAUACAGUUGUGGUAAGAUUGUUCUGAAAUCCUUUUGUCAGUCAUGUUCAAGCUAACUUACCUAUGUAUAGAAUUUAUAUAUUAAACCCCCCUAAUUUAUACUGUGUUUUAACAGUUUGCCUGAACUGUCUAUGGUUUCUAAAUUUUGUAAUGUGAGUGUCAAAUUAGAAUAAUAAAAAAGAAAAAUUGGCUCA